AUGACCAGCGGCGCCUCACUUCACGCAGUUGUUGAUUUCUCGCUCUAUUCGGCUGGCCAAAUUCACUGUGAAGGGGGCCAGAAGACUACACAGAGCAAGCUACGGAGGUGGUCAAAUCGCCCCAACCAGAACAGAACAUCGCUACUUGAUUCUAGCAUAAUUCACGGUAGCCCACCCAAUGCGCAAACAUGUUCAGCUUUAUCUGCCGAGGGCAGAAAUACCUAUGAACAGUCGAUUAUCCCACCACACCUCGAACAAGAGCUAGAGCGCAGUGGCCGCGACGACUAUCGACCUAUUAUCGACGAUCUGACCAUCGAGCUUCGGAACCUCAGAGAGGAGCUGAGACUCUAUAAAGCACAGGGGCCUUAUCUCCUCCGAAAUGAACAGCUCUUUGAAGUCAAAUACAACAACUUAUCAAAGCGCAAAAGGCGAGAGCUCGAAGCCGCACUAAACAUAUUUGCAGGCAGUAUGGCAGACUUAACCACGCAAUCAAAAGAGUCUCGGCGACGCGUUGAUCUGCUUCCAGAUUCUGGCUUAGAACCUCUCCCUACUUCGUCCCAGCAGCUCAAGACUCAGCCCUCGGACUCAGCAUAUACCUCCAUGUUAGCCGAUUGUAACUCUAGUCAGAUAUCGCUUUGCCGAACUGCUAGCAUGCAGAGAACCCGGUCUGCUAAACAAAAGGUUGAGAAGUAUCUGGGCAGCAUUCCUGCGGAUUUCCGCCAGACCCCUGGUGUGAUGACGGAUGUGAAGAGAAAUCAUUGGAUAGAUGACUGCGACUCCACGCUUGCAAAAAGACAGCGAAUGGACUAUCUCACGGGAGAUACCAGAACUGUGACCAGGGAGCCUAAGUUCAAGCCCCAAGUUCCCGGGCCGUCGAACCGCUUCUACUACAAGCCGCUCUUUGUUCAUCAGAACUCUCCCGACGGCGCUACCGUGCUGGGCGAUACUUUAUCUCCGUUUGUUCAUGACGACGACAGUAUAGGGAUGAUUGGAUAUACCCACAGUGGCUCCAGAUAUCCGAAUCCUCAAAACGGACGCCGCGAAGGCAGCAUCAUUUACUACAACGACGCCCCAUUUUGCGUUGAUCUCUCAGGCGACUCCAGUGAUUGGCCACCGGCAAAGGAUAUUGCAUUCAGCAUGGAGAACGCAACUGAGAGUUCAGACCAACGCCCUCACAGACAGGCAUGCACUGACUUUUCCGCCUCUGAGCUAGGCAGCUGGCUGCUCAGUAACCCCUUAACAGUUCAAAAUAUCAUAGGGAUUGAUGAGAAAGUUCCAUUCGGCCUCUUGAAAGAGUAUGUUGAGGAAACUAGUGACGCUGGCUUUGAAUUUACUUGUACUGAGGAGCAGCCGCAAUGCCUCGCAGCUCGGGUACUGGAACCCUGCGGGCUUGGUAAUGUGCAGCCAGACGAUCACUUCACAGUUCUCGCUACAACCAGUAGGUCAAAAAAGGACGCCUGCUGGGUUCGUCAGAGGUCCGAGCAAGGCACUCGGGUCGAGGCACGGCGUGUUAGACUGGGCAGGGUACUUCCCUCUUCGCCAGUCUUGGAACUUUUACAUCAACGAUCGGAAAAUGAUUUGUUUGGUAAUGUGAAAAUUGAAUACACGGAUGUGCGUAUCAAGCAUCUUAUGCCGGUCUUAUUGCCACAGCCGGUUUUCUUUUUCUCGCCCUCCAAUAACUUUGACAUUUCGGACGAACACGAAGACUCGUCGGAAUCGGAAGAGACAUGUCUGAAUAAUGCAGAGUGGUAA